GAGGGGAAGGGAGGGGGAGGCGGCACUUGGGCUGCAGCUCGCAACCAGAGGCAGUCUCUCUCAGCUCUCGGAGGGACGGGGAGCGGCAGCCGCGGAGUAGGAUGCUCUGCGGGGCGCCCUGAGCCGGGGGCGCGUGAAGCAGCUUCGGGGGCCGGGGCCACUGGGCAGCUUUCACCAUGCAUCAGUCCCUGACUCAGCAGCGGUCCAGCGACAUGUCCCUGCCCGAUUCCAUGGGAGCCUUCAAUCGAAGGAAACGAAACUCCAUCUACGUCACCGUGACCUUGCUCAUCGUGUCCGUGUUAAUUCUCACGGUGGGCCUUGCCGCCACCACCAGGACCCAGAAUGUGACCGUCGGAGGUUAUUACCCAGGAGUUAUUCUCGGCUUUGGAUCAUUCCUUGGAAUCAUCGGAUCAAACCUUGUUGAGAACAAACGGCAGAUGCUGGUGGCUUCUAUCGUCUUUAUCAGCUUCGGUGUGAUUGCGGCCUUUUGUUGUGCCAUCGUCGACGGGGUCUUCGCUGCCAGACACAUUGAUCUGAAACCACUCUACGCUAACCGGUGCCACUAUGUCCCCAAGACAUCCCAGAAGGAGGCUGAGGAGGUCAUAAGUUCCUCAACCAAAAAUUCUCCUUCCGCGAGGGUUAUGAGGAACCUUACCCAGGCAGCUAGAGAGGUGAACUGCCCUCACCUCAGCCGAGGAUUCUGCACGCCUCGUAUCCGGGGCAACACCUGCUUCUGCUGCGACCUCUACAACUGUGGCAACCGCGUGGAGAUCACCGGUGGGUACUACGAGUACAUUGACGUCAGCAGCUGCCAAGACAUCAUUCACCUCUACCACCUGCUCUGGUCUGCCACCAUCCUCAACAUCGUCGGCCUGUUCCUGGGCAUCAUCACUGCCGCGGUCCUUGGAGGCUUUAAGGACAUGAACCCAACUCUGCCGGCGCUGAACUGUUCCGUUGAAAAUGCCCAUCCGACGGUUUCUUACUAUGCUCGUCCUCAAGUGGCGUCGUACAAUACCUACUACCAUAGCCCUCCCCACCUGCCGCCAUAUUCUGCUUACGACUUUCAGCAUUCCGGUGUCUUCCCAUCCUCCCCGCCCUCCGGACUUUCUGAUGAGCCCCAGUCCGCCUCGCCUUCGCCCAGCUACAUGUGGUCCUCGAGCGCACCGCCCCGCUACUCUCCCCCCUACUACCCGCCUUUUGAAAAACCACCACCUUACAGCCCCUAAAGACGAAUGCCUGCUGGCUAUUGAGAUUAUCGUGGCUUUUGUAUUUCUGCUUUAGUGGAAGUGUGUAGGGUACAAAAUUUAAAGUGUGAUUUUUAUGCAUAAAGUUUUAUGAAGGCCUGCCAAGCUAGGGAAAGAUAGGGAUGAAGCUUAUUCAUUUAUCAGUGCAGAGCAGGGGUGGCUAGGCUGAACCCAGCGCUUCCAAAAAGGGCAGCGCACACUCUAAGCAAGGCUGGGGAGCCAUCCCAGCAAGAAGCUUGUCCCGUUGGGACCUGGACCUGCGUUUCCCUAUGGCUCUGCCUCGGCCCUCUGCUGCAGCGGCAGCGGGGCUUGCCACCUGUUCCACUUUGUGUAAAUGCAGUGUCGUCCUCAAACCCUCGACAGACCGCCACCCUAGCACCUUGGGUUGAGCACCUGGCUUAUCUAUAGGCCCUAUCUUUCCCUACCACUGCAGUUAGUCCCUAAGGAAAAUUUCCCAGCUGGAGCUACCCAGUGGUUCCAAUGCAGAGAGUUUUGGCUAAGAUUUUGUUUGCUUGUGUCUGGAUGUCAAAAAACGCUGUCUGUAUCUUAUACUCCUUUCUUCUCUGUGAGUAUUGUAAAAAUGGCUGUUGUGAUCGUUCAGCUCAGCUUUUGUUAUCAGUACCUCCCAAAGGGAAAAGUGCAAUAUUCCCUCGAAUAGUGGGAACAGGACUGAUUGUUUAGAAUGUGCUGAAAUACAGAGACCAACGUGUGAGGUGUUUUGAGUCGAUCUCAGUGACACAUUCGAUAACUUAAGAGACAGAGGUUCUGCUGCGUGGUGCAGUGUUACAGAAGACAUUGGCUAUGGGAGAUCUUACGGUUAAAAUUCAGAGUUUAAAACGCUAGGCUAGGUUCUUGGGUGGUGAUGAUGAAUUUACUAAUCUUUGUGACUAUUUAAUCUUCAAAUAUUGUGCUUCAAUCCCAGCAAACCGCACGUAUCCCGCACCCCACCCCGAGAGAAUCAUCUGUAUUUUAAUGCCACUGCUCUUACUGGCCCUUUUUUCUGUUGAGACCAAUCACGACAGUGUUCAAGAUUAUGAAAGUGUUACAAUGCCGCUUUAAGUCUGCAAAACCUCAAAAGUAGCCAACUUGACAAAUUCUUAGGUGUUACCGUAGAUUUCACAUCCAUCUGGCACAUUGUGGUAGGUGUUUGUAUGGUUCUUUUAAUUAUGCAUAGCUUUAAACCAUCCACCUGAUGAAUUUAACACUUCAGCACCCAUGCCUUCACUUCAGAAGGAACACUUUCACUGCAAUCUUAUGUUAACCUGAGACUUGAGUGAUUUAAAGGAAGAUGGAUAAUCCUACACUUGUAUAACGUAAAAAUACAGGGGCUACAGGAGGGUACCUAAUUAGUUCUGCAAACACAGAACGCAUACUGGAAAAUUUUCCGGCCGAUUUCGCUACCUCCCGACUUGAUGGAUUAGAGGUAGCAGGCAAAUGCUGGUGCUCCCAUCUACCUUGUAGACACCCAGCCAUCAAGAAUUAUCAAGGCACAAGUGCCCUCAUUGUUCACAGUAAAUGUUUGCAAAGCAUUCGGUUUAACUUCCGGCAUUAUGAAUGAUGUCUCAUCCAGAGUUCAAAUCAGGAAAACUAGAACCCUUUUGCGUUAUAUAAAAUUACUAUUAUUUUCUACACUUCUGAGCAUAUUAAAUUCUAUUGGAUUUCAAAAAGGGACUAACGACCAAUUGACUUACUAUACGAAUACCAACUUGUAAUACUCAAUGAAAUUUCUUGCCAUUUACACUACCUUUUGCUUUAGUGAACGUGUAUGAGUAUUUAAUUUUCUAAAAGGCACCAUUACACAGUAUAUCUUACAUUUAUCACAUUUCUUAAAGUGUUGAGACUCUGACUCAUUUCUAUGUAUUUUUCUUACUUUACAAAAUAACUUGAAACAGAAUAGAUUUUGUAACACUUAAUUUGAGCUUCUUUUUUUAUUACAUUGAAUUAUAUAAAGUGCAUGUUACCUUAGAAAAAUUAAUAUUUGCUGCUUUACUCUUUUGCAGAACAUUUGCUGUAAUGAAGGAAUUUGUAUUUCCGAUAUGUACCUUGACUGCAUUUUGUAAUAUUUACUGCUUUAUUCCUAAUUCUGCUUUAAAGUAUUGAACUGGGCAUGAAACAUUAAAAUAUUAAUCCAGAACCUCUACAAACUGGAUGUUGCUUAAAAUCUGUAUCACUGCCAUGUUGGAAACCCAGACUGCUUUUGUGAUGUUUCAAAUUAAUAAAACUAUCCUCCUCCGUA